AUGAUCCCUUACCCAACCGUCCAAGACGCGUCCGUAGCUUUAGGACGGAACCUGACUUUGUUCGAGACGGUUUGGUUCGAUUACUCAGCUACCAAAUCUGAUUUCCAUGUCUAUUGCCACACCAUUUUAGUACUCUUUCUCGUCUUUUCUCUCGCUCCUCUCCCUUUUGUGUUUGUUGAAUUGACUGGCUGGUUCGAGCGGUUCAAGAUUCAGCCGAAGGUGAAGUAUUCGUUGUCUGAUAUGUUUCUGUGUUAUAAAGAGGUUAUGAAGCUGUUCCUUCGUGUAGUCGGCACGUUGCAAUUCGUUACUUAUCCUUCCAUCCAGAUGGCUGGGAUUCGAAGUGGAUUGCCAUUACCAUCGUUAAUGGAGAUAGUAGCACAAUUAGUGGUUUACUUCUUGAUAGAAGAUUACACUAACUACUGGAUCCAUAGAUGGUUGCAUUGCAAAUGGGGUUAUGAGAAGAUACAUCGAGUCCAUCACGAGUACACAUCUCCAAUCGGAUAUGCAUCGCCAUAUGCACACUGGGCCGAGGUCCUGCUUCUUGGGAUCCCGACGUUUCUUGGACCGGCGAUUGCACCUGGCCACAUUAUGACCUUUUGGUUAUGGAUAAGCUUACGUCAAAUGGAGGCCAUAGAAACUCACAGCGGAUAUGAUCUUCCAUGGACUCUGACAAAACUGGUUCCAUUCUACGGUGGAGCUGAGUAUCAUGAUUAUCAUCACUACGUUGGAGGAAAAAGUCAGAGCAACUUUGCUUCAGUUUUUACUUAUUGCGACUAUAUCUAUGGAACUGACAAAGGCUAUCGAGUCCAUAAGAAGCUUCUUCAGCAGAUUAAGGAGGAAGCUGAUCAGAAGGGAGGAAGGAAAUAUGAUUAGUAAUGAAGCCCUUUUUGUCAAAAGAAAUUGGUCUAUCCGUAUGAGAUUAUGCGAGGCUUCACUACUUCUCAUGAAGAGAGACUUGUGUCUGUCUCUAUUUGGGGUAACAAAUCAGUAAAUAUAAAACGAGUAAAUUUCUUAUUAUGUUUUUUUUAUAAAAUAAAAUAAAAUAAUUCGGAUUGGUUAUGGCUUUUGGGUGAUUCAGGAGACCCGGUUUAGUUUAACCAAUGCGUGUAAUGAAAUUACUUUACUUUCUUUUA